GUUACUAGGCGAAGGAGGGGGAAUAUGGGGAACUGGAGAGCAUUUCCCAUAAGUCAUGUUAGCCAGCUCCUCCCAUAUUUGGCUGGCUGCCAGCAUCAAACAGAGCUGGGCCGGAGACACAGCAAAGACUGGGGUUUGAGAAGACCAUGAAGAAUAAGAAAGGCAAACAAAGCAGUUAGUUAAUGCUGUUGAGGUUAUGCUGAGCAGAUACCAGAGAAAGAUCCAUCAGAUGAAAUGGCGGUGAGGCAGAGGCUUUUCAAUUCAACCGCUCCAUUCUCUGGUUCCCCCAAAACCGAGUUGAAGGGGUCCUAUCCACCCAGCUCCUGCAAGGAGCAGGAGGCGGAAGAGGAGGAAGAUGAUGGGAAGGACAGCAAACUGAGCUACAUGCAAGAAACAGGAUGGAUUCCAAGUCCACAGAUGAAAAAAGUCCUGACGCAUGGAACUGCAGAGCAAGUGGGAGAAAUGCCAAUCAAGAUCUCUACCAUCAUUGCUCAAGCUGAAUGUGAAACUCAGGAUUCCCAGGAAUUCAGUCCCUCCUGUUCUGAAAGAUAUGUCCCCUUCCCAAAUUGUUUGAGCAGCCUUUCCUCAGAACACAACCAUGUAGCAUGCCCAACUUCAGCCUUGCUCCAAAAGCCACAUAUCACACAGCAAAAGAGUCAAAGAAGGCAAAAGGGCAAAGGAAAGAGAAAAAAGCAGGGCAAAGGGAAGGAGAAGCAGCGACGGAGACAUCGAACGCUCUCCGGAGUCCCUGAACAAGAGAGUGGCCUGAUCCAGGAGGAAUUCUCUGGAGGACUAAGCAGCUUUAGCACAUCUCGCUGUAGCAGCGUUGAAAGCCUUGUGGAGCAGGAGUGUGGCAAUCCUUUCUACAACAGACAGAUCUACCUGACUGGCUCAAGCUGCGCUCCUCUGAACUGGCCUCACCCAGACUUUAACCUCUCUAGCUUCCCGGCAGAUGAGCAGGACAACAGCUCAGACUCCUUCAGCAGUGUGGAGAUCAUGCUGGACUCAGAAGGAUCCAAGGAGAAUGAAGAUGAGCUUUCAACAGCUGAUUCAGAGUGCAAUGAAGGACUCAUCUUCAACAGCGAUAAAAUCCAACCUGUGGACUUUGAAUAUAAAGAGGGGAGGGAGUACAUCCUCUCACAUUUUAUCAAAGAAGGUUCCUACGGUGAGGUUCACAGUGCUCAGGAUGUCAACACAGGACACAGAUUUGCAGCCAAGAAGAUUGCCCUGAAGAAAUUCAGCAGUGAGGAGGUGGGUGCGUGGAGUACCCUCCGAUCUCCUCGUAUCACUGAGCUCUUUGGAGUAGUCAGAGAGGGACCAAAUGUUGUCCUUUUAAUGGAGGAAAAAUCAGGCUCCCUGGGUCAGCUGAUAAUGAAGCGUGGCAGACUGCCAGAGGAUUUAAGUCUUCACUACCAGUCUCAGGUUUUAGCAGCCUUGGAAUACCUCAUAAAGAAGAAAGUGGCACAUUUGGAUAUUAAAGCUGACAAUGUGUUGCUGUCAGAAGAUGGCAGAGACACUUUCCUGUGUGACUUUGGACAUGCAGAGAAACUCGACAACCAGGGCCAGAGCCUCAGUACGUCCAGAGAUCUGAAGGGAACAGAGACCCACAUGGCCCCUGAGAUUGUAAAAGGAGAACACCGUGGAGCCAAAGCAGAUGUGUGGAGCAGCUGCUGUAUGUUGCUCCACAUGCUGAACGGGUGUCAGCCAUGGACAAGAUACUACACCUGCAGACUCUACCUGAAGAUUGCAAAUGAGCCUCCGCCAGUCGGAGAGAUCCCACCUGACUGCAGUCCUCUCACGGCUGAAGUUUUAAAGGCUGGACUCCAGAAGGAUCCAGUCAAGAGAUCAUCAGCAUCUCAGCUGAAAGAAAAAACUGACAGAGCUCUGAAAGAAGUUGGAGGAUUAAUCAGUUCAGUCCAGGGACCCUACACAGAUCCUCUCUAUGUUCCAAACAAACCACCUGAUGACCUGCACCCUGUUUAUAGUAGUGGUGAGUUUGAGGAUGAGGAGGAACACAAGAAGUCUGCAGAUAAAAUAAUAACAGACCUAAGAACAAAAAACAAAAUUCCUGAGAAAGACUUGGAGACCAGCCUCAAUGAGCCAAAACGGGAGUCGUGGAAUACUCCACAGAUGCUCAUCCUUGAGCCAAACUUCAAGAGAAACAAGAUCACCACUGUGCCUGAACUUGAGCUUCGCAAACUGGAGCGAGACUUCUACCUGAGCAGUCUGUCGCAGCUUCCUUCUGCUGAGAUGCAGGAGCAGCUCCUGUCCUGUAUUAACAGUGACCAUUAUUGCAACUGGGAACUAUGGGACAAAAAGGACUCUGGCCGCUGGUCCCUGAACCCCGGAGAUGAAUGCAGCUCUGGUUUCUUCUCCUACAACAGCCAACCAGAUGUACAGGUCUUCAGUUUAGAUUUGCUUGGUCAAACACCACCUUGUUGUUUUGAAGGAGUGGAUGUCUGCAUCAGAGACUUCAGCCGCAAAAAAAUUCAGAUCAGAGAGAAACGUCGGGUGAAGGUUGGCCACAUUGCCACUGGCAUCAGUGAUCAGAUUUCAGAGCGGGUGUUCACCCUGGAGACGCAGAAUGGCCAGCAGAUCAGUCACGACGAGGAGGUGCUGGAGUCUGGUCUUGAACUCCGCUGUGUUCCUGCUCCAGACUUCAGCUCUGCUUGGAGGUGGAGGAUCAAGGACGGAGUGUUGGAGACGAGCAAGAAUCCUCAUCUCUGUUCUACCACUGAAAUGCAGCUGAUUCACUCUGUCUUGAACUGAUUUAAUUUUCACCAUCCGAUGCUGUUUUCAUCAAUGCUUUAAAACUAGUGAAUGUUUUAACAAUGAAUUGCUAAAAAUUCAUGUUUCAAUUGCUUUUAUUGGUGCCUUGUGUUGUAGCAAUGUGUCUUAUGAUGUUUACAUUUUGCUUUUUGUUACAUGUGCUUGGAGGCAACAAACAUGCCUAAUUAUGUACAAUGUGUCAACAUUUGUUUUUGUUUUUAAAGCCAGCUUCUGGCUCCAUCCCUUUGGGUAUUAAGUCAGUUCAAUUUUAUUGUUUACAAUGAAAAACGUGUUCAAGAUCAUGUGAAUGUUUAGGCACACUUAAUUAGUGUAAAAAGACAAACAUGCUUUCAAAACAAAUAUUUUUUUGGUUUUCCUGAAAGAUUGGUACUGUCAGAGCUGUUUUAUCUUCUUAAUAGUCAAUUAUGACCUUCACAUUUCAUCUCAGAAAAUGGUGAAAAAGUUCAAUGUUUUAGUUGCUCAUUCCAGAAAGUGCGACUCAUAAAUUUCCCACCCUGAAAUAUUUUAGGCCUUCAUUUCUUAUUUUGGUAAUUAUGGUUUACUGAUAAUAAAAAUCCCAAAUUUUAUGUUGGAAUAUUUGAGUAUUACAUAAGAUCAAUUAAAGGAUAUCUUAAAAAUAAA